AUGAGUGACUCACCUAACUCACCACCGUCUGACUUACAGUCGAUGAUUAACUCGGUGGCCGCCUCAGUGGAAAAGGCUAUUGCCAAACUACUGGUGCAGAACCCCAGAACUGACACUGCCACCGAACCAACCACGGAACCGAAAGAGUCUACCUUCCCCAGAGACCUCCCCGCCAUAAAGCGGCAAUGGAAGGGCGCCGGCUCAGGCAACCAAAAACCUAAAGGCAAAGCUCUGUUGAAAGGGAGCCAUCAGGCAGAAAGAAGGGGACCAUUACCACCAUGCACCCCGUCCUCGGAGGACGACCACCACAACCCUGCUGUCACUCGAAAUUAUGGAUGA